AAGCUGCUUUGAUACAUAUUUUACCUUUAUCAGACAAAUUGCAGCUUCUGUGAUUUGCAUAUUGCACUUGGCCAAAUUGCAGUUUUUCUAAUAUUUCUAUUAAUUGUGCAGCCCUACUACCAUUGACAGUAAAUAAUUAGUGGACAGAGAUUCCAGGUCUGAGUGGUGAGGUGUCUUGAACCCAGUUUCUUCAAAAAACCUGCGUUUGUAUUCGUCUCCAUUGAUAAUGGGCCUACUUCUCACUUACUUUAUUAGCUCAGUAAACAGUUUCCUAAUGAGUUUAUGGUCUCAGUCUUUAGUUUCAAGUCUUCUUCCAUACAGCAUGAUGUUCAUUUAGUAAAUUAUGGUCCCAUUUAGAGUAAAAUAGAUGAAAAAGUAGGGUAUGCUUUAGGGCGUGGUUACAUUUUGAUUGACAGGUCAUUCUCAGUGAGUCUGUCGAACCCAAUGCAUGAAACUCAAAUUAAACUAUUAAACUAGGCAGUGCUGAUGAAAUGUGAAUCAGGAUUUUGUUACUGCAUUGCUGAUUUCUUGCUUAAAUACCUACUUUAUUGUACUGCUUAUCUGCGAUACAAGAAAGUGUGUCAUCUGGCAAGCCGCCAUAAUUUCCUGCGAAAGACCGGUUGAAAUUUAUCACAGCCAACCCGCAGUACGUCCGCACUAGGGCUGUAUAUUGGCAAGAAUCUGGUAAUACGAUACAUAUACUGUAAUUAUACAAAGGUCACGAUUCAAUAUAUUGCAAUAUAUUGUGAUACUGUAAGCAAGGUGAUAUAUUGCCAUUAUUUUUUUAUUUAAACCUAAUUUUUGGAAAAAACAUAGCGUAAAGAACACGCAACCAUAUGCAUAAAAUCUGAGUAAGAUUAAGGUGACUUUGUUACGCAGCUAGAGCAGUGGGAUAUGUACUUUUAUUCAUCACAGUCAUUGUAAAAUCCAACAUCAGAACCCUCAGUUUACAACACUGCUGUCUAGCAGUUGGAGGUUAAAAGAUAGAAAUUGAUUGUGUUUUUGAGAAUUGAUACUACAUAUAUAAACAGAAUAUUGCAAUACGAUACUUUUGGAUAUAUUCUUACACCCCUAGUCACCACUGCUGGUAGCAAAAGAUGAACUCGAGGCUUCAAGAUGGUACUCCACAAACCAAUGGGUGACGUAACGGUAGGUUCACACUUGGUAACUACACUGACUGUGUACUGAGCUGUGUCUAAGCGUACAGCAGCAUUAAGGCUGAUACUGAUGGCGGACUGUAGCUGCUGCAGACAUGCUGCUCUCACUAUGCAGCAGAUGUAGACCAGGUGUAACAGGAGCAAAGCCAUUAUGAGAUACAAUAGUUAUGCUUGGUAAGAUGUUUGGUCACUGUUUUUGUACAAUGACCAUGAGCAGAAAAGAAAUGAAGCAUUCAUUACUCUUUGACUUGUUCUGACUCACAGACACACCCAAACGUUUUUUCUUUAUCGCUGUCUCUUUCUUGGCAGCAGCAUUUGUUGUUUUCAGCAUAAGUGUGUUGAGGCUAAAGCCACGUAAACCAUCAACAACAGCAGGGCCCUUAUCGGGUCAGAUUUAUAUGAUUAUAUCGACUCUGUGAGACCAACAGCCUGCUUUUUAAAUGUUAAAAGCAUGUCCCACUUUAUGCCAAGUGGUAGUUAUUCAUGAAGAAUUUAUCUGACUUCUGCUGCCAGUCCAGUACAGUGGAGGUAAAUGGAGCUGAAUGUCUGAACCUUUUCUAAAAAAACUAAACUUGUUACUAUGAUGGGCAUUGCACAUGUGAUCUUUCCUAAGUAGGACAAACACUUCAGAUUGGCUAACCAAACAGUUUUAUCUCCAAAGAGUGGAGCAACUGUCAAUGUUGUUUUCAUUUCACACCGCAGUUUGCACUGUGUUUGCUCUCUAUCUUGGGUCUGUCUUGGGGAAAGUGGGUGAGUUGUGUUUUGUUACUCAGGUUUUUUCAGUGUAUGUUUCAUAUACUGAUUAUGUUGGGUGUGGUUACAUUCAUUUAAAUCAACAUCAUAAUUUUUCAUUUCAGAUGAGACAACUUAACUGAAAUUGUCCUCUUCUUUUCAUCGGGAGACAUUUUUGACGAGGUCAAUACUUCAGUGAAGGUGAUAUUGCUGCAAUGCUUUACUGAUAUAAACAAAUUCUGGGACAGAAACCAAGGACAUACAGUGUCACUUCAGGCUGGCCAAUCAAAUGCAUUCUUGUCUCUGAAGAGUCAAGGAACCAUCGAUGUUCUUUCAUUCAGCACAGCAGUUUGAACAUGAUGACAUCUCCAGUGUUUGUGUUCUGUCUCACAUGUUUGAUCUUGGGGGAAAUGGCUUCAGCUCAGACGACUGCUCUGACAUUCUCCUCGUCUGUCCGUCAGGAGAGAAAUAUAGUUUCAGUUAAAACUGGGGACAAGUUGACUUUGCAGUGUUUCUAUAAAGGUAAUGUUCCUGUAAGGAUUUACUGGUACAAACACACUCUGGGGCAGAAACCGAGACUCAUCUCCAGUUACUACAAGUAUGACAUAAAUGUCACUUUUUAUGGUGAAUUCAAGAACAAUCCACGCUUCACACUGGAUUCAGAAAACGGUAAAAACCACUUGACGAUCUCAGAUUUAAACAUUUCAGACUCAGGUACUUACUGCUGUGUUCAUUUUUUACACACAUUAGAAUUUUCUGAGAGCAUUAUUGUCAGUGUAGAGGGUUCAGAUUGGAAGAUCCCAGCUUCGGUCCAUCAGUCAGCAUCUGAGAGCAUCCAGCCAGGAGGCUCUGUGACUCUGAACUGUACAGUACACACUGGGACCUGUGAUGGAGAACACAGUGUUUACUGGUUCAAAACCUCUGAAGAAUCUCAUCCAGGACUCAUUUACACCCAUGGAGGCAGGAAUGAUCAGUGUGAGAGGAAACCCGACACACAAACACACACCUGUGUGUACAACUUGCCAAUGCAGAGCCUGGAUAUUUCUCAUGCUGGGACCUACUACUGUGCUGUUGCCUCAUGUGGACACAUACUGUUUGGAGACGGGACCAAGCUGGACUUUGAAGAAAAGGUGGACUCUUCUGCCUUGGUGUAUUUCUUGAGUGGAGCUUUGGCAUUCACCACCAUCCUGGUUGUUUUACUGACUGUCUCAAUGUACAAGAUGAACAAGAGAAGCAGCUGCCAAUCUAAAGAUUCUCAAGCAAGAUUACCAUCUUCCUUCACAGCAAAUGCAGAGGAUCACCAAGAGGCAGACAACCUCCAUUAUGCUGCUUUAAGUGUCAACCUGCCCAACAGAUCAAGAAGACAGAGGAACAGCACCAAUAAUGAAUGUGUGUACUCCAGUGUGAAGCAGUAGAAUAGUGGAUUGUGUCAGUCAGUUUCUUAGAAGCUCUUGGGAGAUGUGACGUAGAUUUAGACGUAGCUCUAGAGGUAAACGUCUGUUUGUAGCUUUCUUGUGUUAAGGUUUUAUAACGUGCAUAUUCUUUGUUCUGUUUGUCUUGGUGAUUUCCACUGUUACUUUGAUUUCUCACAAAAUACAUGCAAAAUCUUUACAUUAUAUUUUUGUGAACAUACAUUUGUAAUGAUUUUUUUGUUUUGUUUGUACAAACUCUCUUGGGCCUCUUGUGAGGACCACAACACAAAUAAGAGGUAUUAUCUGUCUUGGUUUUUAAACUAUGUAUGUGUAUUAUUCAUUUCCAUAUACAAAUCUAUUUUUGGAUCAUUUUGACCAUGAGACAAUGCGUGUUGGUUCAAUCCCCGGGAAAGUAGCACAUCUUGCUUUGUCACACGUGGCACCAAAGCAUGUGACUGACCUCAUCCAUCCAUGAUGUAAGAAAGAGUAAUUCUUGACCUUUGAAUGGCUUUUCAGACACACAUAUGGUGCAGAUAUAACUACAAGUUAAACCAGUAGCGGUUUUGGGCAUGGGCAAAGCUCAGGGCUAACCCUUUCAUGACACAUGGGGGGCGGCACGAGCACUUAAAAAAAAAAAAAAAAAUCCUCUGCGCCACAAAGCAGUUUUCUAUUAUCUAUCUGUUCUAUCGUAUCACUGUGUGGGGAAUUGGCAAACUGGCGCCCCCUAGAGCUGCAAGUGCCCCUGCUUGCUGAGAAGGUGCCCUGCACAGAAGCUGU